AUGUCAAACCCUUCUUCCGGUUCAAACCCACUCCUUCAACCCCCCUUCUAUGUCAUCCCAGGUAUCGAUCCCAGCUCUCCCAUCUCAGCUCAAACCGAGCAAAUAGAUCAACUCAAUACGUUACUAUUACAAGAGAUCGAUGCGAAUUUCGCCAGAUUUCACCAGAUAGUGACUAGUAGAAUCCUGCCGGAGAUAAAGAGAUUCGCUAUCGCCGGUGAACCGACCAGAGAAGCAGCACAAUUUUGGCGAUCCUUCUUUGAAGCUGCAUCGUCAAUCAGACUUCCUGGUACAAACGAUGUUACUUUACCUUCGCAACACGACACAUCCACUCAAUACGAUGAUCAAACAAUGACUCUUAGAAGAGAUCACGAUGACACCGAGAUCGCCCAUGGUCAUGGUCAUGGUAAUCAAGAAGAUGAUUCUGGUUCAUUCAUAUUUGAUCCACCUGCAACUUCUUCAACUCCCUUACCAUCUGGUAAGCAUCAAGGAGGUGCAGGUGGCAGGAUCAACGAAUCAUGGGAAGAUUCAAUGGAAUCACCUUUUGAUAGAUUAGACAGAAAAUUAAGAGACGAUUUGAAGAUUGGUAAAAACGGUGAAUAUGAUGGUAUAGCAAAUCAUUCUAAUUCGUCAAGUGAUUUACCUACUCCAAGUUUACCAAGCGGUUAUUCUUUACCCAAUCUCAGUAAAAACAUUUCAUCAGCAACAGGCUUAGAUUGGAACAAUGAACAAAAUCAGAAUCAAAAUCAACAACAUGAUUAUGAAAACGAUUAUUCAACUGGUACCAUCGAAUCUAACCAAUUGUAUUCUCAUUCCCUACAACAACGACAACAACAACAACAACAAUCAAGACCAAAUUCAGCUACACCAAAAGCGAAUCGAACCAAGAAUACUUCCGCGUCAGCAUCCAAUUACAACCCGUUCGGACCAAAUUUCAGUGGUAUAGCAGAUUUACGUUCUACACCAUUGAAUCCGAAAACGAAAUCAUCGAGAACCAAAAAACCACCUAAAACAUCUAUUCUACCUGAUUUAGAUAUUGAUUCAUCCGAUGAAGAGGACGGUCAAGGUGGAUUACCUUUUGGCAUGUCACCGCCUGUCACUAUGAAAUUCUCAUUACCACCUAAAGCUCAAGCUGUUUUAAAUGUAGCUAAAGCUAAUACACCCAGGAAACCCACCCAAUCUCAGCAUCACCACCAACAACCUAGACAAUCAAUUUAUGAUGAAUUGUUGGAAGAUCAAAGUGAUGCUGUGACAGCAGACGAUCACGGUCAAGGUGAGAAACAAGCUAAACAUAUCCUGGAUGAUUUGUUAGAAGAGAUGGGCUCCGAAUUAUCACCCAGAUUAGACACACCAGAGGGAUUAGGAAGAUAUUCAAUAUUACCAAAUGAGUUACAACCUGGUGAAGCAAGAUUACUAUUCUCAGGUAAUAACAGAGGCGGUACACAACACCAAGAACAAAUCUAUCAGCCAAGUUCAUCCCAUCCUGCCAAUAACGAUCACGACAACAGGAAUAGACGCUCAUUAGCAAACACAUCGUUCGGGUCAGAUGUAGUCGAUUUACCGGUUGGACAACAAAUCUAUACUGAUGAUUCAUUCAAUGAAGAGGAUGACACCUUCGAUACGGAUGAUGGGAUUUCUACCUCAAUUCAAUCGCAUACAGGCACUGGUACUCAUCCACCAACUGGCACAGGUACAAUGUCAAGCGUACCAUAUUCAACACAUGAAUUCAAUGUGGUUGGAGCGGAUGAUUCUUAUUUAUCUUCUGAAGGUGAUAUAACUUCUACCUCAGAAGCAGGUGUCAUAUUCGGUGGUGGCAGUAAACAACCUUCACAUUAUCAAUCUCAAUUCCAGCAACCUCAACAUCAACAAUCAUCAGGAACAGGUCCAGGAGCAGGAGGACGGAAAUCAAAUUUCAAUUUAAUGACAAGAGAAGAAAUGGAUACUUACCAUGGUGGCAGAUUGGAAGAUGCAGCUGGCGAAGAUGUCGUUCACAGUCCCUUGUACGUCGCUAAGAAAAGUAAAGAUUAUGGUCAGUAG